CGGGCGUUGUGGAUCCAUUGUUUGGGCUCAUUUGCAUAAUAGGAAGAUUAGUAUUAGUGGACCAUAAAAAGGGACAAAAUCGCCGUUUGCACACACAUUUCAAGAGCAAAGGUAGACAGACUUGACAUAGGUGAUCUGAGCAAAUAUGAAAUCAUUGAUCCUAUUGGUGCUUAUUGCACUGUUUUCAAUUGCUCAUGGCAAAGCUGUGAAAUCAAAGGAUGCCCGUUACUACGGAAAGGAUCCACGAUACUACGGAAAAGAUGCCCGCUACUACGGAAAGGAUGCCCAUUACUACGGAAAGGAUCCCCGAUACUACGGAAAAGAUGCCCGCUACUACGGAAAGGAUGCCCAUUACUACGGAAAGGAUGCCCAUUACUACGGAAAGGAUCCCCGAUACUACGGAAAAGAUGCCCACUACUACGGAAAGGAUGCCCAUUACUACGGAAAGGAUGCCCAUUACUACGGAAAGGAUCCCCGAUACUACGGAAAAGAUGCCCAUUACUACGGAAAGGAUGCCCAUUACUACGGAAAGGAUGCCCAUUACUACGGAAAGGAUCCCCGAUACUACGGAAAAGAUACUACGGAAAGGAUGCCCGCUACUACGGAAAGGAUGCCCAUUACUACGGAAAGGAUCCCCGCUACUACGGAAAAGAUGCCCGCUACUACGGAAAGGAUGCCCAUUACUACGGAAAGGAUCCCCGCUACUACGGAAAAGAUGCCCGCUACUACGGAAAGGAUGCCCAUUACUACGGAAAGGAUCCCCGCUACUACGGAAAAGAUGCCCGCUACUACGGAAAGGAUGCCCAUUACUACGGAAAGGAUCCCCGCUACUACGGAAAAGAUGCCCGAUACUACGGAAAGGAUGCCCGAUACUAUGGAUAGGUUGAGAGCUUUCCCUAGUGCUUUGUUUGUUUUAAUGAUUUUUUCCAUUGUUAAUUAGAUUCGCUUUCAAGA